GUACUUGGAAUAUUUUUAAGCGCAAAACCUGCUCGGUGAACAAUGUAGCUUCGUGCAAUUAUUUUAAUACGAUGGCGGAGCAAGGUCCUCAGCCGCGGGCUGCGAAACCUUUCCUAGGUGGAUACCGUGAUCGGAUUAACAAUGUGGAGUUCCAUCAUGCAACUGCUCAGACUUUGCCGACAGUUCGGCCCCCGAACCCCGAGAACCAGUGUCGGGAAACCCAAACUCUUCAGUUAAAAAACAGUCGUACACAAUGCCUGCGCGAGGCCUGCACUCAGAUGACAAAAAUCGGCGUCUAUAUCACGGACAGCACUGAUGUGACUCUUGGGGCGCGCGAUGUUCCCACCGUUGAUCAGUGGCUGGACGCAAAGAUCGCAAAGAUCAUUACUCUCCAGUCAUACUGGCGGCGCUGGCUGGCCCAACGUCGUGUUGGAAGAUUACGUCAAGAGAAAGCUGACCGUGAACGCAGAGAGAAGGAACUUCAGGAAUCCCUUAUCCGCGAAAAAGAGCGUCUGCUAUCCGAAGAAUUCCGUCGCCGCACACGACCGCGUAGCAAAGCCGAUUUCGAUCUGGUGUACAAAACCAUCGAAAACUGGCGUCAACAGGAAUUGUAUAAAAUCAACAUUGCACUGGAUGGACCGGAAAGGAAGGCUAUGCUGUGUAAAGUUCUGAAGGAUGAAGUAGCGCUAUUGUUAGCGGUAGAAGGUCACCGUUCCCGAGCCCGCAAGGAAAAUGAAAUUCUGAAGAAAGACCGACUGUUGCAGAAUGUGUCCAAGCCAAUUGCCUUCAAAGCCGCAUCUACUGGAGAACUGACCACGAUGGAGACGCCGUGGAUAACACGCGCAAAGGAACUGGUGGCGCUGUAUCGUGCACUGACAGAUAACACCGUCAGCAAAGCCGAACGAUUAGACUUGCUCUUGUCGGUGACGAUUACCGUAUCCGAAUUUGUAUGCGAUCUCACGUCGGAAAUUUCGACGCUGGUGGAUCGCGAAGUGACAAUGCUGACCUCCGGUGUGCGAACGACGGAUCAUGUUCUGGACGGAAUACGAACUCGGAUUUCCAGUUUGUUUUUGGAGUUCAUCAAAAAUCCCCUUUUCAACCCUCAGAUAGCGCGUUUCUUGCCGGCACAAGCUUCCGCUAGCGGUGAAUCACGUCUGUUGACCAACAUGCAGCACUGUUCCAGCUGCCACGCCCAUAAACCGGCGGAUGGAUUCCAACGGCGUUCGCGGGCCGAGAACGGCGCUUUGAUCUGUCGCGAUUGCGAGCGUAUGAAAAACAUUGGUCAAAAGCGGGAGGAUCUGGGAUUCCACCGACGUGCGCUGAAAGCUUUAAUGGCCACCGAGAAGACACUAACAAAGGACACACACCCAAUUCUCACCGUACUAACAGAGCAUGAUUUCAAAGCGUUAUUUGACACGAUCUGGCGGAAGGCAAGUUUGGUGUCGGGUCGACGCGAUAUCUACGACUUGACGUUUGUUCGAUGGAAUAUGAAAGAGUUGUGGACGCCGUGGAACUGUGUUCUGCUGACGCGCGAAGAAGCCGUUGUGCAUGUUCAGAUGCCGAAUCAACAGAAUAACACGAUGGUAGCAUUCGAUGCUUACAAUGAUCUGCAAGGAAACGGACGGCGAGGGAACAUCGCCAAAUUUGUAUCUCUGAAAGCAAAAAACCCGAAAAUGAAGGCCGUCAUUGGAAUUGGAGGAUGGAAUGCCGGUGGCUUUAUGUUUAGUCAAAUGGCAAUGCAACCUUCCAGCCGUAAAACUUUUAUUGAUAGCGUCGUAGCAUUUUGCAAAUUGUACGAUUUCGAUGGAUUGCUGAUCGACUGGCUGGUACCGGGAGUGGGCAACCGCGGUGGCGAUCCGGAAGAUUACAAAAACUUUCCCACGCUUCUCAAGGAAAUGAAAGCGGCAUUCAAAAAGGAGGCUACAGGACGUGCGGAAGAUUUGAUAAUUUCUAUAACUUUAUCAGCAGAUAUUGCCAACAUCGAUUAUUAUGAUGUCGACGCUCUUAAUCAGGUUGUGGACAUCUUCUAUCUUUUAACGUACGAUUUCUAUGGUCCUUGGAGCAAAGUCACAUACCAUCAUGCGCCUUUGUACAACUCUCCGGGAAACUAUAGCCUGGAUUCGGCUGUGCAAGGUUGGUUGAAAACAGCGGUUGGCCGGCAAAAACUUUCCAUCGCAGUUACCGGUACCGCACGCACUUACACCAUCCCCAUUGAUGAUUCCGGGGAUAAUCCUAAGAAAAUCGGGGUAAAGAUUCUGAGCGAUGGCAAAGCCGGCCCGUUGACUAUUUCCCCCGGGACGCUGGCGUAUCUGGAAGUGUGCCGGAUGCUGGCUACGGGUGUCUAUACCAUGAUCCGUGAUCCUGUUACCAAGGUGUCGCAUUCGUACUCGUACGACGGCGACCAGUGGCUUUCCUAUGAUAACGAUGCCAGUGUGAAGGAGAAAGCCAAUUAUACGCGCCAAAAUAAUCUUGGAGGGAUAAUGGUCUUUUCCAGCGAUCAAGAUGAUCCACACGGGUAUUGUGGUGUACCUUAUCCACUUACACGCGCUGCCCGUUCCAUCCUGGCUCCAUUAUCCCCGACCGACGAGCAAGCCGUUCUUUCCGAUCUCAACUCGCGGGUAGAAUCCCGAUGUCUCUCGCAGCAGCCCCUGCCGGGUGGCUGUGAAACCACACUACGCUGUCCGAAAAUAUUUCCCUCAUCCUUUGCGCCGGGUGAACUGGAAUGUCCGGAAAAGAAGAACUGCACCUUUGUUACAGCCGCCAUCGACUGUGUGGUGCCGACGUCCACCACGUUGAAGAAAGAUCAGCCUUUCUACAUCCAGACCGGUUCCAGUUUACCGGCCACCUAUGCGCAGAUCAAAUGCCAAACCGGCGAUACAGCAGCCCAUGCGGAUAGUGCACCGCAAAAGUAUUAUAUUUGUUACGAUACGGGACUGGGAUACGAUGGCAUCGAAGAGUUCACCUGUCCCGUGGGUUCAAAAUUAAAGGGCAACUCUACUGUGUGUAUUUUAGACUAACUUGAAUCUCGACCUGAAUUAUUGUUUCGUAUUAAUUUUCAUGACUGCAGUACGAAGUCAUGCAAUUCUGUUGUAACACUCGUACGAGUACUCAUAAUGUAGGAGUUUUAAAGCAACAGACGCCGCGGUUUUGCGAAGAGGUGUCUUGCUAUCAAAACGUAUGACCGUGAAGACCUUAAUAAUUGCGUCUGCAAGUGCGGAGUGCAGUCUAUGGUGA